AUGGAUUCGCCGCUGUCGCCGAUGCAACGUUGGUCGUUUUCGCCGGGUUCGGCGCAUCACAAGAGAUCAAGCACGAGUUCCACGAAUAGCGGACUAACUUUCGCCCUCCAGGCACUUCUCGCGCGGCACGAAUCCUAUGUCGCCGAGACACACCAGGAUAAUGAGCGCCUCAAUGCUAAGAUCGCGGAGUUGGAGGAGGAGCGCAUCACUUUGCAGAACGCCAACGAGAAGAUCGUGGCUGAGAACAAAGAUCUGCUCGUCAAACUGGACACGAUCAACAAGUCGUAUACCGAGAGCGACUCCACGGUCAAGAGCCUCGAAGCACUACUGAAAGACACCGAACUCGAAGUCCGCCGACUCAAUGCGCUAGCCCGUCGCGCGGAAGAGCUGGAGGCUCAGGUCCAUGAUAUGGAGCGUGAGCGAACCGCCUUAUCCCGGCAACUAUCCGACAGCGAGCAAGAAAGCAGAAGCGCCAUCGGCAGAUGGCGCGAGAGCGAGAAACGACUCCGCCAGCUUGAACUCGAACUCGAGAAGAUUGAGUGGGAAGCCAAGCACGAGAUGGAUAAGCAUCAAGAGGUUGUAGCACGUCUGGAGCGAGAGCGAGUGCUCGAGAGGGAACUAGGUGGUGCUGAAGGCCGAUUAAAGGGCGCCGCCGCGCUGCAAGGCAUCCAAAGUGGCAACAAUGACAACGUGGUCAGCCACUUUGUUCGGGAUAUAUUGCAGGACAACGCGACUAUGCAAGCUGGUAUCGUUGAGCUCAGGGAAUUGCUCUCAUCCAGUAACAACGAGGUCCAGAACCUACGGCAACAGAUCAUGCACCACCAGCCUAUCGAAGACUCUGAAACACCCAAUCAGUCGUCACCCCUUCCCCUAGACCAGCAGAUCGGGUGGGAGCAGCCAUCCCAAUCCGAUGUCCAGCGGGAGGUCCAUGUCCACCAUCACUACCACGCGAAGCUCGCGGCCAAGGGCAGCCGAACACCAAACAUCCGCAAGCGCCACGGUCGGAAGACUGUCAUGCCUGGUUACCUCACAACCCCCGAGUCUUCUGUGCCUUCGACACCGCUAUCAAGACCCCAACGUUACCCAUCAAGCCCGGUCACCUCAUUGCAAUUACACCAGCCCCAGCCGAAGAAAGGCAAUCGGUGGUCUGUCCAAUCGGCGGCCACCAUGUCCUCAACCUUCUCGAGUCUCCCGAGUUCGCCUCGUUCUUACUUCGACCGUUAUAGUUCCAUCUUCGACCGAAUCGAUCCUGGCGAAGACUCUUCUAGGCCAACAAGCCCCGACACUGAGCCAUAUAAAUCACCUAUCAUGCCUCAAUCAGAGGCCCAACUUUCAAAACAAACACGUCUUGACUCUUUUGGAGGUGUGCUAGAGGAUAUCAGCGAACCUCCCAUCCCUGAGACAUCCACUCCUCCUGUCGCACCACCAAUAGAUGAAACUACACCACAGACCGCUCUACGAGAUCGCACUUCGCAAGACCUUACCCCUAAACCAUCACAGAUUCUUACACCUACACCUUCACAACCGAUUGACAUGCCAACGAAACAACCAGAAGUCACAAUAUCGGUUCUGUCCAGUCCUCGAAGUCCUCAAGUUCAACCUCUUGCACCUGAAACACAAUCUGUUCCUCAAGAAUUUGUCAUCCCCGACCACGACACCCCGUCACCCGCCCCAUCACCUUCAGUCGAAGAAACGCCCUCUGCACCGGCGACGCCGCCACGCACACCCCAACCCGAUAAUCUUCCAGACGAGCAAGAACCAUUCCCUGCAUCACCAGGCGCCAUUUCUAUUCGUCCCACUCUGCGCCGAUCCACCUCUACCGACUCCCUCUCCAUCGCUGGCAUGGACAUCCACAUUCCAAAACGGUCGUCACCGGAGUACACACCACAACGUAUUCGAGCCUAUUUCACACCCUCGCAACCCCCGACGUCUGCUCUCACACAUCUCUCCACCGCCUCUAAACAACCCCUCACCGCCAUCGCCGCAACCACGGCCUCUGCCAGCCAAUUCAAUACGCUAUCAUCACUCCGUGGCGGCGACGAGGGACGGCGCGGCCUGGAAACCAUCUUCGGCUCACCUGCCGCCAACCCUUCUCGGCAUCCUCCUCACGCAGAGCAACCUCAGACCGCAGGCGUCGGUGUAGCCGGCAGGCUAGGCGGUUGGGUGCGCAACAAAUGGGGCACGGCGCCCACACGAUCCACAGGAGAUCUGAGGUCAGUGAGCGCAUCGCAUGCUGUGACGCCAUCGCGACGUCCGCCGUUGGCCACGCUGCUAGAGGCUCCGCCACCACACACCGCACCCGAGGUACCAAAGGCACAAGCCCAUGCGGAAGCAGCUACCGAUGCCGAUGGCGGUUUGGACCCCACAGCCGUCCAGCGCAGCCCACCUCGAGACGUGCCCCGCCACGCCUCAGACCGGCCCGCGUCAAUCCUGACCACGAGCUCAGGCAGCACGCUCGGGAAGCGUGGCACUGGAAGCUUCGCAGCGACUGGCAGCAUGGCAGUCAGCGUCGGUGCCGGUGCGAGUCGACGCAUGCCUGGCAUCAACCAGAAAGGCGCAAUUCCGGGUUUUUGGAUCCCACAGAGGGCGCCGAGCCAGGUUGAGGUGCCGGUGGGAAGGGUGGAUGAGUCGGCGUUGAGGGAGGGGUUGGCAGAGGAUUUGCGGUAG